AUGAAAAUAUGCAGCUUCCUGAUGAUUGCAGCUUUGUUCACGAUGAUGUUUUCAACACAAAUGUUGCAUGCGAAUAAUUUAGAAAUGUGUGUCAAACACUGUGUCCCUAACCAGUGCAUGAAAGAGGCAAAAAACGCAACUCCUAAGAUGUGCGAGGACGCUUGCAAGAAACUUUGCAAUAAACUAGAAGUUGAUCAAGAGAAAUACAUCGUUCCUAAAGGUCAAAGUCGGUUUUGCCAAAUGUUUCCUUCAUUGUGCCCUUAA